UGCUUCCGAAUGAAAAAAUUGGCGGAUAUUUUAACAUCAUUUGUCAAUAUAAAAAAUGUCAAAAACGGUUAGGUAUAAGACAUUAUACACGAAAUACGUCUAGAAUUUUGUAUAGAAAUCAAAAAUGGAGUGAUAUAUUUAAAAUAAGAAAUUUGAUACUAGCCCACGACAAAUGAAACACCCUGUGAAAUAAAUUGAAGGUUUGUAAUACCCCAAUUGUAUUUAACUUUUGACUCCAUAGUCUCUGAGAUAAGGGAGUGUCCCAAGAUAAACGGUCCAUCCCAAAACAUUUUGUUUUGGCACUCUUGUGUUUAUAAUAAUUAGUAUUAAUUACGCAGAUAUUAUUAGUAUUAUUAUCUUUCGGUAUAUAAUAAACAUGUAGCGUUUGUUGCUUUGUUCGCCUUCAAAAAUGCAUAACGAUAUCCAUUUAUCUAUACGUGCGUAGAUUUCGGCGUAGCCUGAUCCACGAACCAGAUAAGCCGAAGCAAGAUAAUCACCACGCGCUUUUCCAACAGUCGAAAUUACCGCGUCGCCGUCUAAAAACCGUAAUUUUUCCUCUUGCCGAAACGUCAACUAAUUUUUUGUUGUUGUUUUGACCGCUACGAAACCGCUCUUAUCGCGCCGCAGCGGCCGAAGACCUUAACCCGCUGCGACGCGCUUAACCUCGUCGUGUCACCCGCGAGAACGCUUUUAUUAAGCGCGUAGAAAGUCGGCACCGCGGUCCAGUCCGUGGUACGGCAGGUGCGACGACCAAGACGACAUCCAUGGCGGAGGACAACGUGACAGCCAACAGGACCUUCCUGGGGUUCGAUUUGAGCACGCAGCAGUUAAAGGUGGCAGCACUGAACGACAACCUCGAGGUGCUACACGAGGCUCACGUCAAAUUCGACACAGACUUGCCGGAAUUCCGCACGCAAGGGGGCGCGGUGAUCGAUAAAAGCGACCACCAUCGCAUCACCGCUCCUACCCUCAUGUGGGUGAAAGCCGUCGACAUGGUUCUCGACCGUCUGAUGAUGGCCGGCGUCGACUUUUCGACGGUCGCCGCUAUCUCGGGCAGUGCUCAGCAACACGGCUCAGUCUAUUGGCAAAAAGGGGCAUCGCAGACUUUGCUACGUUUGAACCCCGACGAAUUCUUGCACCAGCAAUUGGCGCACUGCUUCUCCGUACCAGAUGGUCCCAUAUGGAUGGACGGUAGUACCGCUCAGCAGUGCCGGCAAUUGGAGGCGGCCGUGGGCGGCGCGGAGAUGUUGGCAGCUAUAACGGGAUCGAGAGCGUACGAGCGUUUCACCGGCGCACAGAUAGCGAAGAUUUACCAGACCAAGCCUGACGCUUACAAAAACACCGAGAGGAUCUCGCUGGUCAGCAGCUUCUUGGCUACGAUAUUCCUGGGACGGAUGGCGCCCAUCGACCUCUCGGACGGUUCCGGCAUGAAUUUAAUGGACAUCGGCGCCAAAAGGUGGCACCCCGGGCUGCUCGACGCUUGCGCGCCGGGUUUAGAGGAACGCCUAGGCGACCCGGUGCCGUCCAACACGGUCUUGGGUCCUGUUUCCCCAUAUUUUGUGGACCGCUACAACUUUAAUCCGGAUUGUAGGGUCGUGGCUUUUACCGGAGACAACCCCGCCUCUCUUAUGGGUAUGCGCCUGGGCGAGGGCUGGUUUGCCGUCAGCCUGGGUACCAGCGAUACCGCGUUUCUCUGGCUCAAAGACGCGAAGGUGGUACCAGAUGGGCACGUGUUGCGGAACCCCGUCGACGAGAACUCCUUCAUGGCGCUGCUCUGUUUUGAAAACGGCUCGCUGACCAGGGAGAGGGUGAGGAACGCUUGCGCUGAGCGUUCGUGGGACAUCUUCAAUCAACUGCUGGACAGCACGCCGCGAGGCAACUUCGGCAACUUGGGGCUCUACUACGACGUGCAGGAGAUCCUGCCGAAGCUCGAAGGCGAUUUCCGUUACAACAAAACGCAACGCGUCGCCAAGUUUACGAGCCUCGAAGUGGAGGUGCGGGCGUGCGUCGAAGGGCAGUUUAUAGCGAAGCGCGCUUACGCGGAAGAUUUCGGCUUCGACGUAGGCAGAGGAACGAAGAUUUUAGCCACCGGCGGAGCGUCGAAGAACAAAGCCAUCUUACAGGUGCUGGCUGACGUUUUUAACUCGCCCGUCUACGUUCAGAAAGUGGCCGAGUCCGCCAUGCUUGGCGCCGCGUACCAAGCGAAACACGGCCUGACGGGUGAGAACUGGGAGCGGAUAACAGCGAGCCUGCCGGAACCCGUCAAGGUGUGCGACCCUUACCCCGACGCCGACGAAAUCUACGCGCCCAUGACUCUACGCUACCGUCACGUCGUCCAAGAACUCCUGGACGAGAAGAGUAGUAAAUUGACUAAGUGACACCGGAGAGGGAGCAGCAAAACAAAACUACAUUCCAAUAAUUUGUUUUCUAUAUAUAGAUAGAUAGAUAAGGGUUUGUUAACGCGUUCGUUGAAAUUUAU